UUGAGAUGCACUAUAUUUUCACGACAUGCUGAUCUGAUCUUAGUUUCUAUUUUUUGCAGGUCUUUUAAAGGACAAAUAAGAUGAAAUUGGGAAUCAUCACCCUGUUGUUGCUCCUGCCUCUGGCCUCAGCCUAUAACCGUAAGGUGUUUUUGUUCCCAAGUGAGUCGGACACUGCCCAUGUGCGCGUCACUCCCAAGAAACCUCUGAAUUUGCAGGCCUUCACGCUCUGCAUGCGCGUCGCCACUGAACUCAACAGCCGGCGAGAGACCAUCCUGUUCGCUUAUCGCACUGAGGAAGCUGAUGAGCUCAACGUGUGGCAAGAAAAUGGAACUCUCUCUCUUUAUCUGAGAAGCAGUAGUGAUGGUGCAUUAUUUGCUCUACCACCACUGUCUGCAUUCCCCACUCAUCUGUGUACCACCUGGGACUCAAGCACUGGAGCCACUGCGUUUUGGGUGAAUGGACGCCGCAGCCUGCUGAAAAUCUACAGACGUGGCCAUACUGUAGUGCCAGAUGGAGCUAUAAUUGUUGGUCAGGAUCCUGACUCAUAUCUGGGCACGUUUGACAUUAAGCAGAGCUUUGUGGGUGAAAUUUCAGAAAUACAAAUGUGGGAUAGUGUACUGACUGCAGGUCAGAUUGCGCUGCUGUAUAACAAUCGGUAUGAAGCUCCAAUUGGAAAUGUGCUCGACUGGAAUUCUUUCCAGUACAAAAUCGUUGGGAAUGUGGUGGAGGUGUUGGAAUAAAUGCCAUUCAGCUGGUUGGGGAAAAUGGCUCACUAAAGUCACUUUGACACCUCAUUCUCAAAUUCUAUCCUUUGAUUUCCAAGUCUAAUCAAGUAUGUGAUUAUAAUUACCAACUAAUCAGUGUCUGUGAUUAAGGUAGAAAAUCUAUAUUUUUAGAGAAAUAUCUAUUUUCAGACUGAAAGGAGAACCUCUGCAUCUCAAAUUGAAAUACAUAUUAAUACAGUCCGAGUUGUCACCUCGUUGUUGAUUCGUCACCACAGAAAAACAGACCAGAGGAGUGUUCAGGAGUUAUUUGUAUGAUGUUAGUUUUGAGUUUUCCUUUCUUUCUAUUUUAACUCUUCUGUCUAACUUCAAAAUCUAUGCAUUAUAAAAAUUGUAUUGUCAGAGGAAUUCUUUGAAUAAAUCUGAUACAAUA